AUGGUACUAUUUCUGCUAGAUGAUUUGAAGUAUGAAACAGGAGAGAAGCCAAGCGAAAAACUGCAUGUUCGCUUUGUUAGAGAUAAGCCCUAUGAAUGUAGGGAAUUUAGGAAAGCCUUUAAUUUUUCCUCAGCCCUCACUGCACAUUUAGGCACUCACAGUGAAGAGAGGCCUUAUGAAUGUAAGGAACAUGGGAAAGCCUUUGGUUGGCCCUCAUACCUCACUACACAUAUAACAACUCACACUGGAGAGAGGCCUUAUGAAUGUAAUGAAUGCGGGAAAGACUUUAGGCAAUCCUCAAACCUCAUUGUACAUAGAAGGAUUCAAAGUGGAGAAAGACCUUAUGAAUGUAAGGAAUAUGGAAAAGCCUUUAAGUGUUCCUCACAUCUCACUAAUGAUAGAAAAACUCACAGUGGAGACAAGCCAUAUAAAUGUACAGAAUGUGCGAAAGCCUUUAGUCAGGCUUCAUCCCUUAUUACACAUAUAAGAACUCACAAUGGACAGAGGCCUUACGAAUGUAAGGAAUGUGGGAAAACAUUUAGGUAUUCUUCUAACUUCACUUCACAUAUAAGAACUCACAGUGGAGAGAAGCCUUAUGAAUGUAAGCAAUGUGGGAAAGCCUUUAGGCAGUCCUCAGGCCUCAUGACACAUAGAAGAAUUCAUACUGGAGAGAGGCCAUAUGAAUGUAAGGAAUGUGGGAAAGCCUUUACAGAUCCCUCACACCUCACCUCGCAUAUGCGAACUCACAGUGGAGAGAGGCCUUAUGAAUGUGAGGAAUGUGGGAAAGCCUUUAGUCAGUCAGGAAACCUCACUAAGCAUAUAAGAACUCACACUGGGCAGAGGCCUUAUGAAUGUAAGGAAUGUGGGAAAGCCUUUAGUCUGCUCUCAACCCUCACUACACAUAUAAAAAUUCACAGUGGAGAGAAGCCUUAUGAAUGUAAGCAAUGUGGAAAAGCCUUUAGCAAGUCCUCAGGCCUCAUGACACAUAGAAGAAUUCAUACUGGAGAGAGGCCAUAUGAAUGUAAGGAAUGUGGGAAAGCCUUUAGUCACUCAGGAAACCUCACUAACCAUAUAAGAACUCACAAUGGGCAGAGGCCUUAUGAAUGUAAGGAAUGUGGGAAAGCCUAUCAUCAGCUCUCAAACCUCACUACACAUAUAAGAACUCACAGUGGAGAGAAGCCUUAUGAAUGUAAGCAAUGUGGGAAAGCCUUUAGGCAGUCCUCAGGCCUCAUGACACAUAGAAGAAUUCAUACUGGAGAGAGGCCAUAUGAAUGUAAGGAAUGUGGGAAAGCCUUUACAGAUCCCUCACACCUCACCUUGCAUAUGCGAACUCACAGUGGAGAGAGGCCUUAUGAAUGUGAGGAAUGUGGGAAAGCCUUUAGUCACUCAGGAAACCUCACUAACCAUAUAAGAACUCACAAUGGGCAGAGGCCUUAUGAAUGUAAGGAAUGUGGGAAAGCCUUUCGUCAGCUCUCAAACCUCACCACACAUAUAAAAAUUCACAGUGGAGAGAAGCCUUAUGAAUGUAAGCAAUGUGGGAAAACCUUUAGGCAGUCCUCAGGCCUCAUGACACAUAGAAGAAUUCAUACUGGAGAGAGGCCAUAUGAAUGUAAAGAAUGUGGGAAGGCCUUUCGUACUUGCUCUUCUCUCACAAGACAUAUAAAAACUCAUACCGGAGAUAAGCCCUAUGAAUGUAGGGAAUUUAGGAAAGCCUUUAGUUUUUCCUCAGCCCUCACUGCACAUUUAGGAACUCACAGUGAAGAGAGGCCUUACGAAUGUAACGAAUGUGGGAAAGCCUUUAGAUGGCCCUCAUACCUCACUAAGCAUAUGCGAACUCACAGUGGAGAGAGGCCUUAUGAAUGUCAGGAAUGUGGGAAAGGCUUUAGUCAGUCAGGACACCUCACUACCCAUAUAAGAACUCACACUGGGCAGAGGCCUUAUGAAUGUAAGGAAUGUGGGAAAGCCUUUAGUCGGGUCUCAACCCUCACUACACAUAUAACAACUCACAGUGGAGAGAAGCCUUAUGAAUGUAAGCAAUGUGGGAAAGCUUUUAGGCAGUUCUCAGGCCUCAUAUCACAUAGAAGGAUUCAUACUGGAGAAAGGCCAUAUCAAUGUAAGGAAUGUGGGAAAGCCUUUAGGUAUUCUUCAGCCAUCGCUUUGCAUAGGAGAAUUCAUAGCGCUGUCAGGCCUUAUGAAUGUAAGGAAUGUGGGAAAUCAUUUAAGUAUUCUUCUACCUUCACUUCACAUAUAAGAAUUCACAGUGGAGAGAGGCCUUAUGAAUGUAAGGAAUGUGGGAAAGUCUUUAGGCAAUCCUCAAACCUCACUGUACAUAGAAGGAUUCACAGUGGAGAAAGGCCUUACGAAUGUAAGGAAUGUGGAAAAGCCUUUAAUUGUUCCUCACAUCUCAGUAAUCAUAGAAGAACUCACAGUGGAGACAAGGCAUAUAAACGUACACAAUGUGGGAAAGCCUUUAGUCAGGUCUCAUUCCUCACUAAACAUACAAGAACUCACAGUGCAGAGAAGCCUUAUGAAUGUAAACAGUGUGGGAAAGCCUUUAGACAGUCCUCAGACGUCGUGACACAUAGAAGAGUUCAUACUGGAGAGAGGCCAUAUCAAUGUAAGGAAUGUGGGAAGGCCUUCGUGAUUUCUCCCUUUGGUUGGCCCUCAUACCUCACUACACAUAUAACAACUCACACUGGAGAGAGGCCUUAUGAAUGUAAUGAAUGCGGGAAAGACUUUAGGCAAUCCUCAAACCUCAUUGUACAUAGAAGGAUUCAAAGUGGAGAAAGACCUUAUGAAUGUAAGGAAUAUGGAAAAGCCUUUAAGUGUUCCUCACAUCUCACUAAUGAUAGAAAAACUCACAGUGGAGACAAGCCAUAUAAAUGUACAGAAUGUGCGAAAGCCUUUAGUCAGGCUUCAUCCCUUAUUACACAUAUAAGAACUCACAAUGGACAGAGGCCUUACGAAUGUAAGGAAUGUGGGAAAACAUUUAGGUAUUCUUCUAACUUCACUUCACAUAUAAGAACUCACAGUGGAGAGAAGCCUUAUGAAUGUAAGCAAUGUGGGAAAGCCUUUAGGCAGUCCUCAGGCCUCAUGACACAUAGAAGAAUUCAUACUGGAGAGAGGCCAUAUGAAUGUAAGGAAUGUGGGAAAGCCUUUACAGAUCCCUCACACCUCACCUCGCAUAUGCGAACUCACAGUGGAGAGAGGCCUUAUGAAUGUGAGGAAUGUGGGAAAGCCUUUAGUCAGUCAGGAAACCUCACUAAGCAUAUAAGAACUCACACUGGGCAGAGGCCUUAUGAAUGUAAGGAAUGUGGGAAAGCCCUUAGUCUGCUCUCAACCCUCACUACACAUAUAAAAAUUCACAGUGGAGAGAAGCCUUAUGAAUGUAAGCAAUGUGGAAAAGCCUUUAGCAAGUCCUCAGGCCUCAUGACACAUAGAAGAAUUCAUACUGGAGAGAGGCCAUAUGAAUGUAAGGAAUGUGGGAAAGCCUUUAGUCACUCAGGAAACCUCACUAACCAUAUAAGAACUCACAAUGGGCAGAGGCCUUAUGAAAGUAAGGAAUGUGGGAAAGCCUAUCGUCAGCUCUCAAACCUCACUACACAUAUAAGAACUCACAGUGGAGAGAAGCCUUAUGAAUGUAACCAAUGUGGGAAAGCCUUUAGGCAGUCCUCAGGCCUCAUGACACAUAGAAGAAUUCAUACUGGAGAGAGGCCAUAUGAAUGUAAGGAAUGUGGGAAAGCCUUUACAGAUCCCUCACACCUCACCUUGCAUAUGCGAACUCACAGUGGAGAGAGGCCUUAUGAAUGUGAGGAAUGUGGGAAAGCCUUUAGUCACUCAGGAAACCUCACUAACCAUAUAAGAACUCACACUGGGCAGAGGCCUUAUGAAUGUAAGGAAUGUGGGAAAGCCUUUCGUCAGCUCUCAAACCUCACCACACAUAUAACAAUUCACAGUGGAGAGAAGCCUUAUGAAUGUAAGCAAUGUGGGAAAACCUUUAGGCAGUCCUCAGGCCUCAUGACACAUAGAAGAAUUCAUACUGGAGAGAGGCCAUAUGAAUGUAAAGAAUGUGGGAAGGCCUUUCUAACUUGCUCUUCCCUCACAAGACAUAUAAAAACUCAUAGUGGAGGACUUAGGAAUAUGAAGGGCUUUGUCAUGGAAGCGACCACCGUGUACAGAACGGCAAACACCCCUGCAGAAGUGACACACAGACAUAAGCAGGCAGGCUUCGUAGAACAAGGAGACAAACGAGAGUCCUGCUGCUUCUCCUGCUCACCGGAAGCAGAAGUGUGCCUCCUUGGUCGGCGUCCGUCCGGCUCCUCCGGUGUGUGGCAGCAACUGCUUCCUGGAGGCCUGUGUGUGUCGGUGCGUGGACAGGUGAGGUGGUGGGAGCCGCGCAGACCUGUGCUGCUAAGGAAACGCGGAGACAUGCAGGGUCCCGGGCCUCCUGGGGUCUCGGGUCGCUCCCGACGUCUGAAUGGCGCGUCCCCAUGUGUUGUGGAGACACAGGUGCGCGGUUACCUUGAGCUGCUCCUCAGCCCUCAGUCACUGCUGGCCCCUGCGUAUAUUUACCGUUUACUGAGCUGUUUCUGGAGGGCUGGGCACGGGGUCGAGGACUUCGUCUAA